CCCUGACUCUCGUUCAUGCAAAGCAGGAGGAGGCAAAUGAGCGUGCCAACCAGCAUGGAGGGCUGGUGCAGCCAGCACGGGAGAGAUGGGCACUCAUCGUGAUGAAGUUGAAAUCCUGGGGCAUUCACAGAGAUAUGUCAAAUUCCGCUCGUCGAUGGGAGAAUUUGUCCCGCUGCUUCAGAAAACUUUAUCGCCAUGAAGUGUACCGACUGAACUGUUCCUCGGAGAGACCUUCGUUCAGGAGGAUGUCAUUUAGCGAGAAGAAGGAGUUGAACAUGCCCUUCCAAAUGGAACCAAGGGUGUACAAGGCGAUGAAGGAGUUUUUCACAUCCGUCGACGAAUGUGGUCUAAAGGCAGAAACAACUCUUGCCCUCUGUGCUGGCGAGGGCUCUCCUGGUGACACCACGGACGAUUUUGUGGAAGGUGAAACGAAGGAUUGUGGGCGUAUCAAGGUAGAGGUAGCCCCUAUGGACCUUAUCCCUUCCGUUCCCGCAGUUGUGGAAGGUCAGGGAUGUUGUAGUUCCAGUCCGAAUUCUGGUGAUGAGGGGGAUGGGCCCAACAGUGGGACCCGUCCUGCAGUUGAUGCGGGCAGCAAUUGCCCAUUGUCAAUCGCAACCGCAAUCAGCGAUCUCACGAAAGCGGUGCUGGGCGGAGGAGAGGCAUUCACAAGUCCCUAUGCCAUGGCGGCACAAAGGGAAACUGAUCUCGUCGCUGAUUCUCAUGACGUGGUGCUUGAGCAAAUGCAGGUUGUUCGUGAGGCUGACUCUUUGGUAGAUGAUAGGCACCAGAUGCUGCUGUCUACGCUUCGUGGGAUCAACACCACACUGGAUUCCAUUCUCUCGAAUAUGGCGAGGACGGAUCCACAAGGCGCCUUGUGUAGUUAAUGAGGUCAUCCCUGUUACUGUAUUUGCAAGAACCCUCUCCAUCACAUUUCUGUACAUCCUACCCCUUAAGCGCGA